AUGCUAGAGAUCACGCUGUCUGUCUUACCUCACUGGCCAUCUCCUCAACCAAAGACCCUCACUGGCCAUCUCCUUCAACCAAAGACCCUCACUGGCCACUCCUUCAACCGAAGACCCUCACUGGCCAUCUCCUUCCUCACUGGCAAAGACCCUCACUGGCCAUCUCCUUCAACCAAAGAAGCCAUCUCCUUCAACCAAAGACCCUCACUGGCCAUCUCCUUCAACCAAAGACCCUCACUGGCCAUCUCCUUCAACCAAAGACCCUCACUGGCCAUCUCCUUCAACCAAAGACCCUCACUGGGCCACUGGCCAAAGACCCUCACUCCAUCUCCUUCAACCAAAGACCCUCACUGGCCAUCUCCUUCAACCGAAGACCCUCACUGGCCAUCUCCACCCUCACUGGCUCUCCUUCAACCGAAGACCCUCACUGCCAUCUCCUUCAACCAAAGACCCUCACUGGCAUCUCCUUCAACCAAAGCUGGCCAUCUCCUUCAACCGACCCUCACUGGCCAUCUCCUUCAACCAAAGACCUCACUGGCCACCCUGGCCAUCUCCUUCAACCGAAGACCCUCACUGGGCUCACUGGCCAUCUCCUUCAACCAAAGACCCUCACUGGCCAUCUCCUUCAACCAAAGACCCUCACUGGCCAUCUCCUUGAAGACCCUCACUGGCCAUCUCCUUCAACCGAAGACCCUCACUGGCCAUCUCCUUGACCCUCACUGGCCAUCUCCUUCAACCGAGACCCUCACUGGCCAUCUCCUUGGACCCUCACUCCUCUCCUUCAACCAAAGACCCUCACUCUCCUUGGAAGACCCUCACUCAUCUCCUUCAACCAAAGACCCUCACUCUCCUUUCUCUCCUUCAACCAAAGACCCUCACUGGCCUCCUUCGAAGACCCUCACUGGCCAUCUCCUUCAACCAAAGACCCUCACUGGCCAUCUCGUGAACCAAAGACCCUCACUGGCCAUCUCCUUCAACCAAAGACCCUCACUGGCCAUCUCCUUCAACCGAAGACCCUCACUCUCCUUCAACCAAAGACCCUCACUGGCCAUCUCCUUCAACCGAAGACCCUCACUGGCCAUCUCCUUCAACCAAAGACCCUCACUGGCCAUCUCCUUCAACCAAAGACCCUCACUGGCCAUCUCCUUCAACCGAAGACCCUCACUGGCCAUCUCCUCUCUCUCCUUCAACCAAAGACCCUCACUGGACCCUCACUGGCCACCUUUCACUGGUCAACAAAGACCCUCACUGGCACUCACUGGCCAGAACCAAAGACCCUCACUGGCCAUCUCCUUCAACCAAAGACCCUCACUGGCCAUCUCCUUCAACCGAAGACCCUCACUGGCCACCUCCUUCAACCAAAGACCCUCACUGGCCAUCUCCUUCAACCGAAGACCCUCACUGGCCAUCUCCAAAGACCCUCACUGGCCAUCUCCUUCAACCGAAGACCCUCACUGGCCAUCUCCUUCAACCGAAGACCCUCACUGGCCAUCUCCUUCAACCGAAGACCCUCACUGGCCAUCUCCUUCAACCAAAGACCCUCACUGGCCACCUCCUUCAACCAAAGACCCUCACUGGCCAUCUCCUUCAACCAAAGACCCUCACUGCCAUCUCCUUCAAACCAAAGACCCUCACUGGCCAUCUCCACCCUCACUGGCCAUCUCCUUCAACCGAAGACCCUCACUGGCCAUCUCUUUCAACCAAAGACCCUCACUGGCCAUCUCCUUCAACCAAAGACCCUCACUGGCCAUCUCCUUCAACCAAAGACCCUCACUGUCCACCUCCCUUGCUUCUGGAUCUCCCCCUAUUCCUUACGGUUCACCGAGGGCGUUCUUGGCCUCGAGUGCGAACCCUCUCGUCAGCGCCUCGGGCAAGAAAGCUAGACGGAGGGUCGAUAGACUGAGCGACAAGCAAGAUGGCUUCAACUCCCGCACAGGCUCUGGCGAUGAUGGGCGUUAUCCUGGCUAUGUGGCGACGAUUUAA